UGCUUAAAAAUUCAAGUGAAUGCCUGUUGUGAAAAAAGAGCUUACUCUUUCUCUUUGUCAGUACUUGAGAAAACAACUUAAAAGAAGUUAGUAUUAUUGGACUGAAUUCAAUAAUUAGCAUAAUCGUGAUGCUGUGUAUUGUUCACCAGGGCACGCCCCUUGGCCAAAUUUCCCAUUAAGAGGACACCGAAGUUGUCCUAGUGAAUAAAUCCCCAGUACACAUGAUGCGAACCAGCCAGUUCCUGCCUUCCGUGCCGGUGCCGGUGCAGUUAAUUUUAGCCAGGGUUUGUUCUAUGCGUUGUAAAACUGUUUACCCAACUAGAAGUUAGUAAACUGAAAUGUCACUUCUAGUCCUGAUGUGAUAGGGUAUCUAUUUUAGACUUCAGAUUGUGUUCAUGAUCAGGAGAGCAGUCUUCUCAAGAAUUGCGGCUCAGAUUUCCCUUGAAAGUGCUUGAGGAGACAUCACAGCUUUCCCAGAUUGGGAGGAAAAAUAUGGAAUGUGUUUUACCGCUGACUGAACACAACCAAAUGAACUGUACUGACAGUAGUUUGAAAACCAGCAGUUAGCAGUUUGUUCAGGCUCUAACAUUGUCCAGCACUUUCCAGAGCAAACUCACUGUUUACAGGAACUCUCGGCCUUACGACGUUUAUAACCUCAAGCUUUGUUUAUUUAAAAUAUUUCUGCAAAAGAAAAGUACCCAGAGCCCACUUUCCAAAAUGGCCAUGACUGAGUAUUUGUGGAUGGUCAUUUUGGGUUUUAUCAUAGCUUUUAUCCUGGCAUUUUCUGUUGGUGCAAAUGAUGUUGCCAAUUCAUUUGGUACUGCUGUGGGCUCUGGCGUGGUAACCUUGAGGCAGGCGUGCAUUUUGGCUUCAAUUUUUGAAACCACGGGCUCAGUGUUAUUGGGAGCCAAAGUAGGAGAGACCAUUCGAAAAGGUAUCAUCGAUGUGAACCUAUACAACGAGACUGUAGAAACACUAAUGGCUGGGGAAGUUAGUGCAAUGGUUGGUUCAGCUGUUUGGCAGCUGAUCGCAUCCUUCCUGAGGCUUCCAAUCUCAGGAACUCAUUGCAUUGUUGGUUCUACUAUAGGAUUCUCACUUGUUGCAAUUGGUACAAAAGGUGUGCAGUGGAUGGAGCUUGUCAAGAUUGUUGCUUCUUGGUUUAUAUCUCCACUGUUGUCUGGUUUCAUGUCUGGCGUGCUGUUUGUACUGAUCAGAAUUUUCAUCUUAAAAAAGGAGGACCCUGUUCCCAAUGGCCUCCGGGCACUUCCAGUGUUCUAUGCUGCUACAAUAGCAAUAAACGUAUUUUCCAUCAUGUAUACGGGAGCACCAGUGCUUGGCCUGGUCCUCCCCAUGUGGGCGAUAGCACUCAUCUCGUUUGGUGUGGCGCUGCUGUUCGCCUUUUUUGUGUGGCUCUUCGUGUGUCCAUGGAUGCGGAGGAAAAUAGCAGGCAAAUUACAAAAAGAAGCUGCUUUAUCACAAGUCUCUGAUGAAAGCCUCAGUAAAAUUCAGGAAGUAGAGUCCCCAGUAUUUAAAGAGCUGCCAGGUGCCAAAGCUAAUGACGACAGCACCGUCCCUCUCACGGGCUCAGCUGGGGAGACGCCUGGGACCUCAGAGGGCACAUCGGUGGGAAACCACCCCCGGGCCUCCUAUGGAAGGGCACUCUCCAUGACUCAUGGCUCUACCAAGUCGCCCCUCUCCAAUGGCACAUUUGGCUUUGAUGGCCACAUGAGGAGUGACGGCCACGUCUACCACACCGUACACAAGGACUCGGGGCUCUACAAAGACUUGCUGCACAGAAUUCACACAGACAGGGGCCCCGAGGAGAAGCCUGCACAGGAAAAUAACUACAGGUUCCUGCGAAGAAACAACAGCUACACCUGCUACACCGCGGCCAUUUGUGGAAUGCCAGUCCACACGACUUUUAAAACAGCUGACUCGUCAUCUGCACCCGAGGACAGUGAAAAGCUGGUGGGUGACACUGUGUCCUAUUCUAAAAAGAGACUUCGCUAUGACAGCUACUCGAGCUACUGCAAUGCGGUAGCGGAAGCUGAGAUAGAGGCAGAGGAGGGAGGUGUGGAAAUGAAGCUGGCAUCUGAGCUGACCGACCCUGCCCAGCCUCGGGAAGACCCUGCAGAAGAAGAAAAAGAGGAGAAAGACACCGCCGAAGUCCACCUCCUAUUCCAUUUUCUGCAAGUCCUUACUGCCUGUUUUGGAUCCUUUGCUCACGGUGGCAAUGACGUAAGUAAUGCCAUUGGUCCCCUGGUAGCUUUGUGGCUGAUUUAUGAACAAGGUGCAGUCCUGCAAGAAGCAGCUACCCCCAUCUGGCUGCUGUUUUAUGGAGGAGCUGGAAUUUGUACAGGGCUCUGGGUUUGGGGGAGAAGAGUGAUCCAGACCAUGGGGAAAGACCUCACUCCCAUCACACCGUCCAGCGGCUUCACUAUUGAACUGGCCUCAGCAUUCACAGUGGUGAUCGCUUCCAACAUUGGACUUCCUGUCAGCACCACACACUGCAAGGUGGGCUCCGUGGUGGCCGUGGGCUGGAUCCGCUCCCGGAAGGCCGUGGACUGGCGCCUCUUCCGCAACAUCUUUGUGGCCUGGUUUGUGACUGUCCCCGUGGCGGGGCUGUUCAGUGCUGCUGUCAUGGCUCUCCUCAUGUAUGGGAUCCUUCCAUAUGUGUGACAUGUCAUCUUCCCACCAGUAAACAAGGGAUAGUCUGGUGUGGGGAUGUGUGGGAGGCAUGUGCCCACAUUUCAUACACAUGCACUUGUCCUGCCCGUGCCCGGGCUGUCUUCCCACCAGCUUCUCCAUGCCCGUUCAGACGGUUCCAAACCACACUGUCCACCUAGGCGGUAGUCAUCCUCCAGAGCUAACUUAACUACUGUACAUAAUAAUGUGCAUUCAUCUGGUGUCGUGGUGAUAUAACGUGGUGCAGUUACUUAUAUAUUAAAUAUAUAUUGUAUACAUAGAAUAGGUAGCAUAUUUCAAACAUACUCAGAUUGGGAGUGGAGAUAAGUGUCUAGAAUUCAAUAUUCAACAAAUCUUUGUACAUAAUGAUUUCAGCAGCAAAUUUUAAGAACCUUUUAAAAGGAGUGUAGAUUGGAAGAUAUUUUUCCCAUUUAAUUUACUGUAAGAUAGGUGAGAUGCAGGAUGGAUGAUACAAAUUUGGGAAGGUGUACGUGUGUCCGAGUGCUAGUGAAGAAUACUGGAACAGUUCACAAGUGCUUUCACUGAAGAAUUUGUUCAUAUACUGUAAUAUAUCAUAAUUGCUUCUGUAAAUACUCAAAACUGUAAUUUUUUAAUGGUGUGCUUCCCUUAUACUUUUUGAUCAGAGAAUUUUGGAAAGUACCAAAGAAGCAGGGGAAUAGUUUGCCAGUAUUAUAUUUUCAUAUUGUUUGUCUCCCCUCCUCAUUAAUCCUAUCUUUCACCUGGGAGGUUUGUUCCAAGACCACUGUGUGCUGAGCUGCCCCUGAGAAGUGCGUGUGGUGAGGCACCAACCCCUCAUCGCGUGUGUGUUCCAUGUCCCACUCCGGGCUCCCCGCCCCAUCCACCCCUACCCCUACCCCCACCCCUGCCUCCGGACAUUGGUCAACCCCGCAGUGGCCCUUCAUUGUCAGUGUAGAGAAUGUAUAGAUGUUAAGGACACAUGAUCAAGCACUACAUACCAAGUCCAGUUUAUAUUUUCACUCCUAUUCUCCCCUGCAGCUGGAAGAAAGGAAUUCUUGUCUCAAACACUGAGGCAAGUGCUUUGACAUUCUAGAAAUUCAGGAGCGGGGAGGUUGAAAUACCAGACAAUACACUGGAUUUGAGGAUUUCCUUGAGGCCUUUACUAAGCUGAACAUCUUGAUGCUCUACUGUAGUCCCAUUGGAUUCUUGUUUUGAUAGCGGGAAGAAGUAUGACUAAUGUUAGAGCCUGAAACUAUGGAAAUGCUGCUAAAAUUUUUAUAUUGACAGACAUUUUCUCGGUACUUCAUUGUGAUUUUUCAUUAAUCAACCAUAUUAAAUUUAUAAUAAAAAAUACCCUGAAAAGUU